AUGGAGUAAACUGGGCGCCACGUUGCCGUGCGGCUGCUUUUUCCGCCACAUCUGCUAAAUCCCACGGUACCCCCCCUUGAAUUCUGAUCAACUAGAUGCUACUGUGGAGUUUAGGUCGCGGCAACAUGGCUAAACACACGCUAUGGUCACGCGCGCAUUGCCAUAAAAGUAAGGUUAAAACAAUCAAAAUAUUGAUGUAGGUGAAACACAAACGAAAAUGAUAUCAAUUUAUUUAGAGGGAAAUAUCGAUCUGUCGAGCGAAAAUCUCCCGGAGCAACAACAAACAUUUAGUAACUACAAAUAGAGAGAAGUGGUGCAAGGGUAUGAUCAUCAGUCGCGAUGGACGCCAGAACGCAAAAGUUGGAACACCAACGGCAGAUUUUGGAGCAGAAAAUGCGACAGAAGAGACUGGCCGGGGGGAUGGUGCAGGCCUCGGACGCCCGCAGCAACUCGGGCAAGAGUCGAGAUAGUAGCGGAAACAGCAGACGGGAGCUGCAUGGCUACGACGGUCCGUUGCAGUUUGCCAUGGGCCAGGACAGCAACCCCGAUCAGAUCAUUGUUAUGUCCAGUGUGGACAGUCUGGACGACACAAUGGUCCAGGACCUGACAACCAACAACAUCUCAAGCAGCGACUUGCUCGAUAUUGAGGAUGAGGAGUCGUCGCCGGUGGCGCCCAACCAGAACGGCAACCUGCCCCUUCCGGUUAACCCUUUGGCCGACUAUCUGGACGACAUGGCCAAUGAUAAUCUCCAGGCCACUGCGCCCCCGGCUAGUCUGGAAAUUGAAGGCGAUCUGACCAAUGACGACCUGGCCGCUUUUGUCUUAGAACCUGCCACCCCGAGGGUGCUGUUCCGAUGUCGCAUCACCCGUGACCGACGCGGCGUGGACCGGGGGCUCUUCCCCACCUAUUUCCUGCAGCUGGAGCGCCCCAGGGGCCGCAGAGCCCUGCUGCUGGCGGCGCGCAAAAGGAAAAAGAGCGCCACCAGUCACUACGUGAUCAGCGCGGACGCCACUGACCUAUCGCGAAGGGGCUCAGGGGCGGUGGGGAAGCUGCGCAGCAACGCACUGGGGACCCGGUUUCAGGCCUGGGCCGGCAAGAGCGCAGGUGGCACCAAGCAGGAGGAGGAGAGCAGCGAAGGCCCCCCGAAGGAGGAACUGGCAGCCGUGCUCUACGACGCCAAUGUGUUGGGUUUUAAGGGGCCGCGGCGCAUGACCGUGCUCGUUCCUGCUCUGUCGGAGGGCCGGCGCGCUGGCCCCGAUGAGCCGCUGGUGGAGGCCUGGAAGUCCGGGCGCAACGAUCGGCUGGUGUUGCUGCGCAAUAAAACGCCGGUCUGGAACGACGACACGCAGUCCUACGUGCUGAAUUUCCACGGCAGGGUGACGCAGGCUUCGGUGAAGAAUUUCCAAAUUGUUCACGACAGCGAUCCGGAGUACGUGGUCAUGCAGUUCGGCAGGGUGGCCGAUGACGCCUUCACCAUGGACUAUCGCUAUCCCUUAUGCGCGUUACAGGCUUUCGCCAUCGCUCUGAGCAGCUUUGAUGGCAAGUUAGCGUGCGAAUAAGGGUUUGCUGAUUUUAUGCGUGAGUGUUUCGUUUUAGUGUUUAUUAUGCUGGCCAUACACGGCCCGGUUUGCCGUGUGUGGCCACCCCCUACUCGAUCUGAUCUUACUGACUGAUUGGGCAGUGUUGCCAACGGCGGCAAGACUUCGUCAUCGUUGCAGUCAUUUGCAUGCUGAUGGGAUUUUUUUGGGUUUUGCCCGGUUGACAAUGCUGCCAGUGUUCAUCAACCAAGCGAAUUUCAUUUUUGAGCUCAUGUGGCGCCCGGACUCAACAGUCCUGGAUCUGUUGCAUUUUUUAAACGGUUUAUCCAGGGCUUUUUAGCCGCACUGCUCAAACAUUAAUGUGCCUUUCAGUUGACUUUGAUUCCUAUUUAUCAAGCAAAUUGUCUAUUUUUGGAAAAGGGUCAUAGUUUUUCACUUUUGAGCCAAAAGGCUCAACAACGGGCUUAGUUAGCUGGUAGAGCGGCGUUUAUUUACGAUUAGUUAAGGAGUACUGCGACAAAUCAAUGUUGUGCCUUCUUUCAGUGAAUAAUCUGAGCACUUGCAGACGCUCGGCUUAAUUGCAUUUUAAUCUAUUUCCCGCUAUUACCUAAAUUAGGUGCUCGAUUUCCCGAUGUAAAGGGCGUCCAAAUGGUGAUGAUUCACAAAUUUUCCGCACUGGCUAAUUGCCCAGAAUUUUCAUUGUUCAGCGCCCAGUCAGAGAACCCAAAAAUCCCCAAGUUCACCCUCUAGUCUCACACUCAAAGGCCAAAUAUUCCGGUUUAAACUUUGCAUCUUUCCCCAUUUGAGAGCUGUUGUGUGUGUUUCCGAUGAACCGUAGAUGUAAAUAUGCAUUCCGACAGUAUUGUUAAAUGGAAAUAAUCUCGAUAAAUGUAAAGUAGAUGUGAAAUAAACGUUCGUAAGAAAAG